GGCACAAGUACAAGCAGCAAGACUCAAUCUCCGGAUGCAGAAAGAGCUCAAGUUACUCCUCACCGACCCACCUCCCGGCGCCUCUUUCCCUUCCCUCUCCUCCUCCUCCGCCCCUUCUCUUACAUCCAUCGAUGCCCAGAUUGAAGGUCCAGAAGGGACUGUUUAUGCUAAAGGGGUCUUUAGGUUAAAGAUUCAAAUACCUGAUAGGUACCCAUUUCAGCCUCCUAUGGUGACCUUUGCCACCCCAAUAUAUCAUCCCAACAUUGACAACGGAGGCCGCAUUUGCCUGGAUAUCCUCAAUCUUCCUCCCAAGGGUGCAUGGCAACCAUCUCUGAACAUCUCAACUGUCUUAACAAGCAUCGGGUUGUUAUUGAGUGAACCAAAUCCUGAUGAUGGCCUGAUGCAUGAAGCUAGCCAGGAGUACAAAUAUAAUAGACAAGCUUUUGAUCAGAAGGCAAGAUCCUUGACUGAAAAGUAUGCCAGGAUUGGUGAAAGUGAAAUUGCUGGUAGAGGGCAAGGUUCUCAGGCUGUCCUGAAGCCAAGCAUUCAACUAGCAGAAGUUAAUGAAGGAAUGGAUACAUCAGUCAAGGAAAAAAGAGUUGAUGAGUAUGAAGUCGGGCACAAGAGAUUAUGUGGAAUCAGCAGGAAGUUGUCAUUGGAGUCUUCAGAGUUAGAUCAAAGAAGUAAUGAAGGAAAGGGUGUAAAUAAGGCCCCAAGUAGCCAUCUCAAUGAAAAACUGAUGGAACUUAAAGGAUUGCAAAAAGAUUCAAUGAUAACAUCCAAUGAUCAUAACCAAACUCAUCAAGAGCCACCUAGAACGAGGAAGAAACUGUCACUCGAACCUUCUGUUGUGAAGCAUGAUAAUCUCGUGGUCCAUGUGGUAUCAAAUGAGUGUUCAGCCACUUCAGAAUGCAAAAGCUUGAUAACAUCUUCUUCGAAAUCUGGGCCCUUGGAGCAGCCUGAUUUGUAUUCUCAGAAUAAAAAUAAAGAUGGUGAUGGUAUUUCAAAAAGUAACAGCACAGAAACCAAGUUGGAGAAGAAGCAAUUCCUAGAGUCUCUUGACUCAAACCAAGGAACUGGGGAUGAUGAUGAGAAGCUACUUUCUGUUCCUCAGCAGUCUGACAUUCAGUUUCACUCUCGUGAGUUGCACAAAAACUUUGCAUUGGCCCAAACGAUUAAACAUGAUGGCAGAGAACAACAUGGUCAAAUUGUUAAUGGAGAUGCUAAUGACUUCACCAGGAUAAAACAAAGGAAGCUAGGGUUGGCCGGCAGGAAGUCUGCUCUCUGGAAGUUAAGUUCGUAUCAAGGUCAGCAAAAGGAUAACAUAGAGAACCUGGAUCCAAAUUCAAGCUUCCACAUUGCGUGGGAAAGCAAGAAUCGUACAAUAUCCUCCAGUUUGUCAGAGGCAUCAGAAACUGGUCAUUGUAAUGAGAGGGGCAUAGAGAACCACACCACAUACUUACCUAACAAGUUGUCCAGGACAGUGCAGGGACAGCCAUUGAAACCUCUUGGUGACUCGAGCAUUAAUAUCAAUAACCAGUUUGAAAUGCAGUCUUUGAGACCAUCUAAGAUUCCUUCUGAGCAACCUGAGAGCUGCUAUGAUGAGAAGCAGCAGCUUGAGCGACCCAAGCAAGAUUGUAGAGCAAUGUUCUUGGGGGAGAUGAAUAGACAGGAAGAAACUUCUCCAUCAUGUAACACAUACUCAGUGAUUGUGUUAGAUAGCGAGGAUAGUGAUGAGGAGCAGGGCAGAGUCGCUAGAUCUAGGCUAUCAAUAGCACGGAGGCGCUUUUUAGGGAAGUCAAAAUCAUAAGUCCAAAGGCUGACAAACGAUUGCUGUUCCUAUUUUAGCCGGUGUAAUUGCUCAUGUUGCCUUGCACCUUCUAGCUUGUAAUGCCUAUUAAAGUUUUUCAAAUUUUCUCUUGCCAUGAUUCUCUU